AUGGAUAUUCAGGUUCUUCAAAGCCAGCCCGCCCAGAAGGUCGCGUUUAAAGACUCUUCCACGGUUCGUGUGGAUUUGGUCCGCGGCGGGUUCCAGCCGCGCCUUCCGACUUCGCUGCCGCCCCCAGGGCAGCAGCAGCAGCCGUCGCCGCUACCACGCCGACGGCCCGUCCCGUUGAUGCCUCCCGCGCAGCUUCAUCCGGGAGCGCCCCAGGUGGUCGCUCCGGCGCCUGCGGUCCCUCUUCAGUCGCCACCGCCUUCGGAGCUGAUGGACGUCGACCCCUCAGCCGGGCCGCCUUCCCAAGCGGUGGCUGUGCAGCCUGUCCUGCAGCCGCUUUCCUUGGGCGCCCCCAAGGAGUCUGACACCGCAGCGCCUUGUCCGGCGCCCACUCAGCAGCUGUCGACGCAGCGUCAGGAGACGCUGCCUCUCUUCGUGGGUCCCGACGCCCCGUCGCGUCCACAUCCUCCGGCCGGUGGUGGGGGCGGAGGCGGGGGCGGGGGCGGUGACGGCAACGGUUUCCCGUGCAGCGACUAG